AUGAGCUGUCCAUGUAUUAAGUUAUUAAUUGAUAAUGUCAAUAAACUAUGGAAACAACGAACAAAAUAUGAUAGUAUUUCAGGUUUUCAAACAAUUGAAAAUUUAGAAGCAAAAUGGAGUUAUAUUUUUGUUGAAUUUAUUCUUGAAAAUAUUCAUUGUGUCGGUAAUUCUUGUUCAAGUAAAGGAGAUGAUAUGGUUUGGUAUGUUCCUAUGGCUAAUAAAUCUUGUAGCGGUAAAGAUCCAGCAGCAUCAGGGACUAGUCAUUUACAAGUUUUUAGAAAACAAUCAAAAAAUAAACCAAUACCAGGUUCAUCAACAAUUAAUUGGGAAGAAACAGUAUGCUUAAAUAUUUUAAUGCAAUUUGUUGAUUUUUAUGUUACAUGUGCUGUAUGUACAAAAAAUUCACCAAUUAAUUUACAAAUACAAAGAAAAAAUUGUCAAAGAGUAUAUCCAUCACCAAGUAGAAGAAGAAUGGAUGCAAAAGGAGAAUCAGAAGAAAUAACAUAUCCACGAAUAUAUUUUGCAAUUGAUAAUUUUGAACAAGUAUUUAGUGAUAUGAUUGUUUCAUCAGGUGAAUGUGUUUGUGUUGAAUUGGUUGCUAGAACACGAUAUAAAGAAAAAGAAUCAGUUAUUUUUUUAGGAUCUAUUAGAUAUGAUAUAUUGAAACAAACUUAUGAAAAUAAAGCUACAAAAACAUGGGGAUGGGCUCAAAAAUUGAUGAAUGUUAAUAAAAAACGUCAUGAAUUUAUAAGAAUGCGUGGACCACAUGGUAAAGGAUUUGCAGAAAUGGCAAUUGCACGUAUUGCAAGUUGUGGUUUUGAAACACCAAUGUCUGAGUAUGGUUAUGAUAUGAGAAGAAGUUUGGCUGAUACUGAUAGAAAUAGUGAAAGGAGAAUGUCAGAUACAAAUCUUUUUAAUAGAAUGCUUACAAAACGUACUGCUACAACACCUACAGCAGCUUCAACAUCAACAUCUUUUUUUGGAACAUUAAGUAGUAGAGCAAGAAGAUGGACAAGUGAAGCAGAUAAUGUAAAUCAGAAUAAUGAAGUUGAAGCUAAACCAAUUGAUGAGGAAGUUAACGGAUUAGGAUCAUUAAAUAGAUUAUGGCCAAUGAAAGGUUUAAAUUCAGCAGUUAGUUGGCUUCAGAAAACUGAUGAAGAAAUGCCAUUAAAUUCAUUUUUAACAUUUAUUACAUUACAAUGGAAUAAUAUUCUUGAAGAUUUGUUAUCUGAAAGACCAAAAAAACCAAUUUUAACAUUUGAAUUAGAUGGUUUUUAUCAACCAGCGCCAUAUGGUUGA